GCACCGACUGCGAGAAUAGACGGAGCUCCUCCAUCAUGUUGGCCUGCCUUCAGCGAACACAAAACCCACCUGCACAGCGCCUAUCAUGUCCCAGUAAAACACUGGAGCCUCUGAAAUGUGAAACGGGCACAUCCACACAUUCGCCAAGGUAUCCCAGCCCAGCUGAACUCGAUGCUUAUGCCCAGAAGGUGGCCAGCAGUCCUCUAACAAUCAAGAUCUUUCCUACAAAUAUCAGGGUUCCUCAGCAUAAGCACCUUAAUAGGACUGUGAAUGGCUAUGACACAACCGGGCAACGCUACAGCCCAUACCCCUUGCAUACUGGAGGCUACCAGGGCCUAUUAGCCAUUGUGAAGGUACACAGUAAAAGCGUUGUGAAAAAUUCAGAAGGCAAGCGGACUCGGAUGUCCCCUGCGCAAAUUGUAAAUGGCAACAUUGGACCAUACCCCGUGCCGAGCACUUUAGCACAGAGUCAAUCGUGUCCUGGACAGCUAACUUACCAUAAUAGCCAAAAGCCUUUGGAGGGACCUGUUCCACCUAAUGUGACUGUUUCAACGUCUGUCAUUCCAAUAGCAGGCCAAAGCCUGGCCCUACAGCAGUCAAACCUUCCCUCUAUUCAAAGCAUAAUUUACCAGAUAAACCAACAAUGUCAGGCCCAGGCUUCACAACAGGUCUCCGCUGCUGUUUGUCAGGGUGCCAUCGUCACCAACCCAAGCCCGGCUACUGUGGUCAGCCGGAGCAGCGUCAGUGGUUUUGCCAGCCUGGCGAAUGGAAGUGUAGUAUACACUGGAUCUGUCAUACCUGAAUGCCGUGGGGGAGCAGAGCUGGCUGCUGCUUCAAUUGUGGCCUCCACAGCAGGACCGAAACCUGGGCUCUACCCAGACGGAAUGGAUUAUUUGAUAUGGCAACAGAAACAACAGAUCCGAAUGUACUCUGGCAGCGGUGGGGGUGGAGUAAUAAGUAAAUCACCGGAGGUUUGUGGUAUCCCACGGUCGUACACGUUGGCGCCUACGAUUGAAAAAAUUCCAUCGUCUCCUUUGAACUGUGUGGGCAUGCACUGCAACUUUUCGACGGGGCAGUAUUUGGCUGCCCCUUGGAACAGCAUACUGGUGACUCCAGAUAGCGACUGUUACAACCCCCAGGAGCUCACUAAUGGCCACCGUGACCUUGUAGUUCACCCUUCAGAUGGGCUCACUAGUGUCUCCAGUAGAACGCUGUGUAAUACCUCUAUCCUUAGCAGUAGUCUGCAGUCACUGGAGUAUUUGAUUAAUGAUAUUCAUCCACCCUGCAUUAAGGAGCAGAUGUUGGGUAAAGGGUAUGAGACUGUGUCAGUACCCCGACUGUUGGACCAUCAAAAUGCUCACAUUCGACUACCCGUUUACAGAUAGAAAGAAACCUCUCUGCUGCUUGCAAAAAUAAUAGGGCAAUGGUAUAAAAUCUGUUAGAGAUAUACACAGAAACCUCCAGCCCACAGUGGUCAGAAAGGCACCUGAAGUGGAGUUUUUAAAACUAUCCAGGGAUUAUAAAACACUGGAAUGAGUUUGGGUUGGACUAUAAAAUCCAUCUGUGUUAAUGAUGAAAGAUGGCAGUUUAAAAAUAAUAAGACGGGGAUCCGAAGUGGACUUCAGAAGACGAGUCGCAAGCAGACACGUGUAGAAAGCUUUACCGUGUGUGCUAAUGGGUCUGCAUGCAGAAAUGUUCUUUUUUAUUCUAAUACUGCGCUGAAUUCCGUGAAUACUGUACUUGGUCCCGAGGUCCUCGCCAUUGCCGCUUUGUCAUCAUUGCUGUGGUUACAAAAAUGAGCUACUGCCUAAACCCUAGUGGAGAGUCAUAUUGCACUGCAUUGGGAAAAAAANGCUAAAUGUGGGGACAGUCCAGAAUAUUCUAAGAAAAAUAACUUGAAAACUUGAACUUUCAUUUUUAUUAUUUUAGUUAAUUUUUAUGUUGAUGUGUUGGCUGCUAAAAACUUUUUGAAAAAAUACUUAUUUUCCAGUUAGUCUAGAGAGGCGGUAAAAUUAUUCCACUGAGGGAAUCAUUUUUAAAUGAAAUACUGUAUGCCUACAAUUGUUGCUGUAGUGGCACAGCAAGCUGUGAGAAGAAGCAUGGGUUGAGGGUAUUGAUAAAAUGCACUCGAAAGAAUGCUCUACUCAUUAUUACAGUUCUUUCCAUAGGACUAAAGAACCCAUUAGGUAUAAAUGGGUUUUAAGAGCAAAUUCCCACAAAAGCAUUUUAAACGUCUACAUACUGGUAAUAUUUUAAUCUAAUAAGUGAAAUAAAGGCCUGUUCAGCAAUUAAGAACACCCUUAGAUUUCAUCUUGAUGUACAAUUAUAAUUACCCCACCCCCCAAAAAAAAAUCUUAUCUCAGUGCUGCUUAUCUGCUUAUGUACUGCUCUUCAUCCAAGAGGCAGUCCUAGGCAAUCAUUUACCAGUUCUGCCAAUGUCUUUCUUUAACUUGCCAUUAGGUGCUUUGUGAGACAGAUAUGAAAUGAUUCACUAACUUUCUCUCCUUCCCCUCACACACCCCUUCCAUUCCACUCCCUAAAAGAGUCAUUCAUUGUCACAGACGCAGUUAAGAUUGUUUUUUUUCCCCCUCCUAAUUGUGAAGCAUUGUUGUGUAGGUGCUUGCAAAUCCAUAAGGACGGGAACUGGAUUGAAUAAAAAUAUCCUUUAAACGUUCAACAUCCCCUUCUUGAGUAAACAUGUCUAUGCCAGUCAGGGUGCCAUUGUCAUUAACUGCAUCUAUUGCACAGCAUUUUGCUAAACUGCAUGAUUUACUUGAUGCCUAGGAAAUUUUGUUAGAUUAUUAGUAAAUUCUAAGUUGAUAUCUUCUCUAGCUGUGGCUUAUUUUGAGGAAGUCUACUCUGUCCAGCUCCCUAAGAACCAAUGCAAUUCAGCCACCCAUGACAAAUACAUUUUAGCCAUAUGCUCUCAACCUUCUAGUUAGAAGUAAAAUACUGAAUGGCUUGAGUAAGUUUCAAAUAACCUGUGCAUGGUUUAACUGAACAAAAUAUACCACAGAGCCUUCAGAUGAUCCAAACUUUUAAUAGUUGUAUUUUUAAGGAGCACAUUGGAACUGACUGGUUUUUAAAGUGCAUAUGGGAAUUUGAGCAUUGCAGUAAACCGUUUCAUUUGCUUUUAGACAUUAAUUAGAUUUAAACCAAUUUUGUUAGCUGUUUAAAUAUGUGCAUAUUCUCCAACUUUUACCCACUGUGCACACAUGAUUGUACAAUUCCUUGGGUUUCUUUUAUUCUCUGGAGGAAGCAGGGGAGCGAGCAAAAUUUAUUUAUCUCCCACCAGGCAAUGGGAGUAAUUGUAGAGACAGAGGAAUGUGGCACUAAAAACAUUUCUAGUAUCUCCUUUCUUGAUUUAUUUCUCUCUGCCCAAAGUAAUUCCAUAACAUUAAAAUCACAGUUAAUUUUAAAUGAUUUGCAAUGGUGCAUUUGUACCAAUUAACUUACAAUAGUGUAUAUGGUUCAGACUGGAAGGGAGGAGGGGAGACAUUAAUUGUAAUUUUGCUAAUGGACAGCAAAUAUUUUUGAUCUUCUGGUCAGCCAACAUCAUUCUUGAUUUUUUUCUCAUUCAAAAAGUCUUGGUUACAGAUGUCCUAGAUUAAUUUUGCAAUGUUAAUUGGUUAUCCCACUGUCUUGUCACUUGUGGGACCUGGAUUUGAACCCAACCCACACCAGCAAGAUGAUAUUCUAUCUGUUAAUAGCUAUUAGGAGUUGAAAAAAAAUCACUUUCUUGAGUGCAAGUGCAUAGCAUAAAGCAUCCCUGAACUUAGUAGAAAAUUGGCAUCUUCCUGAAAUCGUAAAGCUAGCUGAACUGCCAAAUGGUGCAUUGGGGGGUUUCUUCCAAAGUUUGGUAAAGGUGCAGUGUUUGUGUCAGAGUGGAGGAAGCUUCACUGUUCCUAAUUUAUUCUAUCCUUUACCUAAGAAUGUUUGAAGCUGACACAGCAUACCGUGCUAAUGUUUGAAAUGUUCAAUUUCCAGCUUUAACAAACUUAAAUCCUCCAAACAAAAAGUUUGACCUUCAUAAUUUACUGUAAUUGUAUCUAUAAGAGAAAACCCCAAUAAUCCUUAGUCUUAAUAAUUAUAGACCACAGUAAUUGAGU